ACCAUCACUGAAAGGCGUUAGAACGACGACGACGACGACGACAGAUACAGUGAAGUACGUGCGAACGGUGGUGCCAACGGAACCGGAAGUAGUCGCGGUGCUGUAGAGAGCGAGAAAGUAAUAAAACAAUCCACCACACGCUUGGAACACGUUGGGUGCAACGGCGCGAAAGAAGCCAACAGAUACAGGAAGACGAAUCGCGUUCCACCGCUGUAGAACGGCAAGAGAACGGAAAUCAUUCGAUUUUUACUCCAUGAAAAUCCAAUCGAUGCACGAACGUGGAAGGCGCUGCAAAGCCUAAAAGAAGAUAGAAGCUUACACUUGUUUCCUAAAGGAUUCCGCAAGAAUUGUCGAGACAUAAACACUAAACCAUACACAAUAAGCUAGUCAACUAAUCAGCUAAUUAAGAAAGGAACAGGACGAAUUGGAAGCAAAAAAAAAAAAGGUUCAACGAUUUACCGAACGUAAAGCAAAACCAGCACCACAAUGAACACCGUCCUGCUGGAAUCACGGCCAUACCGGCCGUUCAAAUCGAGCGAAGAGUAUCUGUACGCGAUGCGCGAAGAUUUGGCCGAAUGGCUGAACACGAUGUAUCCGGACCUGCGCAUCAAUGUGGAAAACUUUAUGGACCGUCUGGAUACGGGCGUAGCCCUGUGCAAGCAUGCCAACAACGUACGAGUGGCCGCCGAACAAUACGUCGCCCGACGCAUGGCACGAAACAAAUCCAUGACGAAAUCGAUCACAUCCGGGCUGGCCGGUCCAAUCCUUAGCAUGGGCAAUGUGCACUUUCUGGCCGCGGCCAAGAGUGGCACCUUCUUCGCCCGGGACAACGUGUCCAACUUUAUCACAUGGUGCAGAAAAAGCCUUCAGAUUCUCGAGUGUCUGCUGUUCGAAACGGACGAUUUGAUAAUGCGCAAGAACGAAAAACACGUCAUCCUGUGCCUGCUGGAAGUUGCGCGACGUGGUGCCAAGUUCGGUAUGCUUGCGCCCAUGCUGGUACAGAUGGAGCGUCAGAUCGAUCGGGAGAUAGCGGCCGACAAUCGGGCUAACGCUGGUGUAGGCUGUGGAACACAGACCGAAGGUGAGGGUGGCGGUGGAACCGGCGCUGGCAUAUCCACCGGUACGGAAACGGAGCUGUACGACAGUGACAGCGAGGAGGAGGACCACGAAUCGGAGUCACCAAUGCUGAUGUACGGUCCACAGCCACAGAUCGUCACGAACGAUCUGAAGAGCCUGGACGAAAUGGUUCGUGAUCUGGUGGAAAAGUGCACCUGCCCGUCCCAGUUCCCGAUGGUGCGCGUCUCGGAGGGCAAGUACAGAAUCGGCGAUACCAAAGUGCUCAUAUUCGUGCGGAUUCUUCGUUCACACGUGAUGGUCCGCGUCGGUGGUGGUUGGGAUACGCUUGCACACUACCUGGACAAGCAUGAUCCGUGCCGGUGUCGAUCGCAGCAUCGUUCGUCCGCCUCAGCACGGUUGAUCACCAAAACGAGCAACGCCAACGGAAUCGAGCUGCACAAAGCUCAGGUCCACUAUGAUCGAUCUGGUUCGCCGUGGAAAUCUAAUGCGACUCCCAGCCAGAAUGGAUCACCGAUCAACGGCGGUAGUAACAGCAAUACUAAUACCUUGUCACCUCCAGCACGUGCCAGAAGCCGUAGCCGUAGCCCCAGUGCCCAGCGUCGUAUGCCGACAGAAAAUGGAGACAAACUGCAACCGCCAGGAUCUCCGUUGAAAACGGCACGACGUUCGGUGUCACCCAGUCCGCGCCGGAUGCAAGAGAACAGUGUGGCCAACAAACGCAAAGCAGCUGGAUCGUCAAACAACGCUACCACUGCUGGUGUAGUACACUUUGAAUGUGAUAAGGAUCCGGUGGCAUCGGUUGCGCCGGUAGUUGGAACGACAGCAGUGUUGCCGUCCGAAGAUGACAAGAAUCGUUACGAGAGCGUCAGCGACAAUGGUAGCGAGAUCAGUGAUGAGGGUUACCGUAGCCUUGGUUUAGUGCAGGGUGGUCAUGGUGUCGGUGGUACCGCUGCCGGUGGAGCUGGUGGGCUGCGGAAGGGUUUCGGAAACAGCCAACAUUCGAGCGAAGAUGCAGAUACUAAUGCGCAUCUCGAUACGACAACGUCGGACUCGCAGGCCAGCCCAACGGAGGAGGAAAGCUCUACAAAAACGAACGAUGAAGAUCUGACACCCAUCUCGGAUGAGCUGGCCGUGGUGAACGAACCAACAGACGCACGCCACUAUCCAGUCACCGAGCACGAUUCACUAAUCGACUGUCCGGACGGAGCCAUUUCCACCGGUCCGGCUUCCGGUUCCUUCGAAAGCUACGGUGUGUACGUGAACGAUGAGGAAAUCACGGUGGACAUUGCGAAUGCGACCGGUUUGCGCAAGACGGGUUUUUCCGACCGCAUUAUGGACCGUACCAGCGUGGCCCCAUCUGCUGCUGCUGGUGCUGGCGGUGUCGGAUCGCGCAUACCGCGUUCACCUGUUGGGCCGCGGCGUAAGGAAAGCGCGGAAAGCACCGCCAGCGGCACGGUUACCGACGAGUUGGCGGUGGUAAAUAAUCACGGACUGCGCAAAACAUCCAUCGCCAAAUCGGUGACGCGCAAACCGACCGCACUCGCCGGUUCCACCGUGAGCAGUGCGGAACCGUUGGCAAAGGAAACCAACACCUGGAGUGGUCGAUCAACCAAGAAGCGGCCAUCGCUAACGUCACAAACGUUCAAUGGCACCGGAAAGGGUACCGGUACGCCGGCACCGGCACCGUUCACACGCAAUUCACCGGUGCGUGCCUCGCUGGCAGCGGAACGUACGAUGACCGGACGGAAUCGAACGCCGAAAGCGACCGGUUCGGCGUGUACCUCCACCAAUACGUCACCGAGCAAGAGCACCUCGGAUGCGGUGGCACUAUUGCUCCAGCAAAUCAAGGAUACGCUCGAUUCGGGCACGAACGAUACGCAGAUUGUCGAACGGGUUAGACGUCUGGUGUCGCAAACGAGCGUACCGGACGAGCUGGUUAACGACUUUACCACCGCCUGGGUGCACUCCAAUGGGAAUCUCGACCGUUCGAAGGUGAUGUUGGCCGGUUCCGGUACAGGCACCACGUCGCCCUCCAAACCACAGUCUACGUUGUCCAAGCGGGCGAGUACCGUCUCCAACGCGUCUGACAGCACGCAGUCAAACUGUCGCGACUUGGCGUCGGUAGUUUCGCCACGCCGCCUCGAUAAGGGUCUGUCGAAGAUUCCGGCCCCGGUCCGGUCGAAUACGGGCCUGUAUUGACGCGGUGCUGCGUAUUCCGUACGUGCAGAUGUUGUGCUACCCUAGCCAUAUCGAAGCAGUCCGAUCGAUUAUUGUAGGUCUAUAUUUCCCAACUGAUUACAGCUUGAAUAAUCGUACCAGCAGCAUUUGCUGCAUAUUCCCGGUUGAGUUUACUAUCGCCUAGUUUCGGAAUGUGUGACAUAGUGAGUGAUUUAUUGGCCGGUGAACGACUACUAACUGAGCAGGUGGUUACAGUUGAGUUACUAUGUUGGAUUCCAGAAUUUUACCUCUGAAACUCGGUUCCGUGACUUCCGUAAGCGAAACGCAAGUUUUACCGGCUCAUUUUGCUUUGUUCGUAACCAUAUCAAAUUUAAACCAGUAAAGUCCGUGUAGAAUAAUCCGACGAGGAAAGGAUGUUUUAUCAUUCCUGGAGAGUGGGACACAGUGAAACUCGCUGCAUCAUUUUGUGUCAUAUCUAACGGUUGCCUAAGUUCUGCUUCCUGUUUGUUAUUGUGCUUAGGAUUGUUUAAUAGAUUGAUGCGAAUAGAAAACCGCGUGCUAUAUAUAUAAACAGUUCAUAAAAGGGAAUCCUGUCAUUAUGCGCUUCCAGCUCUCGCAAUUUCGCGCGAACAUAUUCUGUUUAUCAUGACAUUCACUGGCGUUUACGUUCGCCUUGCACUAGGUGUCUCCCAGUAGGCAAAUGGGGUAGGUUAGACCACUGAAUGUUGCAUACCCAAUAUUAACCCUAUUUCCAGUAUAUUCUUUUCACGGAAUAAAACUAAAAUGAAAAUGUUGAGAAUAUAAAAAUGGAGAGGUGAAAAACUGGCAAAUGGUGCCCUUCCUUCGAAGCAACCCAGAGAGUGCUGAAAUGACUGACUUUUGCGUUUUACCGAGCUAGAUUAGGAAAAGAAAAGAAAGGAAACAGUAUGUAGGAAGUUUUUUUUACCUAGAGUGUGAAAAUGUUUUGAUGGAGUUUUAGAAGUAAAUGAAAGCUUACAGGAAACAGUAAUGUUUUAACCAAACUCCACUAACCCAAUGCGUCGAGUCUUUCUCUUUUUUACUCUAGCCUAACAAAUAGUGUCGCAUUCUUUAUACGUUGCACACGAUUCCAUUUCUCUGUCCUGUCAUAACGAUGCGAAGCGUUUAGCACUUUAUAAAACAUGUGCGUAGAACCGAGAAAUGACCGGGGUUCACCACUAAAGCUACAAAUUAGAGAACAAACAGUACGAAAUUUUACAAUGCGUCCACAUCAGUAGAAAACAGUUCAAAAUGCAGUAGCGUGACAUUGCAGGCAGAAGAUACAAUUCAUAUUAAAAUUUAUGCAACUUUGCAGCUAAACAUGACAGAAAAUGCGACAAAUGUAGCAUAGGGUUAAACAAAACCAUGAUGGCCGAGCGGGCAGGACGAGAAGUAAACUAGGAAAAAAAGAAAAUUGAAAUGUUGAGCGUGGAAUAUCGGCAAAAGCAAUUAUCCCACAUCACCCGAGGUGAUAAGAACGUUAAGAAACACGUUACGAGGAAGGAGAAACGAUUUGAGAAGCAUUAUGCAUAAUCAAAGAGAGUGCUGUGCAAUAUAUGCGCACCGGUGUUAAGUUUGAUCGACUUAACGUAGCGCCGUCAUUAUGACGAGUUUACAAUUGAAAUAAGAAACAAAAAGUUACUAACAAAAACCCGCAGUUCUUACACGAAAAUCAAAAAUAACGAUUUAAAAACAAAAUCACACUUGAUAAACCGUAGAAAUGUACGCGUUUGUUUAACGUUUUCUUUUGUGCUGUUUUUUUUUCUUUUAACAAUGUACUCGAGAAUUUAAAAAGAUAGGGCCAACAUGUAAUAAAAUCCACUAAAGCUAUUUUUGUGGCAAUAAUAAGCAUAAAUAAAUAAAAAAAAAACGAUUAAACCAUCAUCACGGAAACA